AUGGACUGCUGCACCAAGGCCCACUGGUCCUCUCAGGGUGUCAAGAGGUGCCACUGCCCUCAGCUCACAUUCCCAGAGGGGAGAGCAGCAUCUCUGAAAGACUUCACCUCAUGCUCCACACUCAAGACAACCAGGGCUGCUUCGGCUCCAUCCCCACAGGAGCCAGCACAAGGCACGGGCCCCUCUAGCUCCGGGUUCACACCAGGCGUGUGGCUGCCUCCUGCCCCUGCUCUGCACCAGAGUGGCCCUUGCACCCUCUGCCCCUCCGACACUGCCCAGCCUCUGCUCUCUCCACAGCAAGGAGAACUCAACUCUUUCCUCUGGACCAUCCGCCGCAACCCCCCUGCCUAUCUCUUCGGCACCAUCCACGUGCCCUACACGCGGGUGUGGGACUUCAUUCCUGACAACUCCAAGGCCGCCUUCCACGCCAGCUCCAGUGUCUACUUUGAACUGGACCUCACUGACCCCUACACCAUCUCAGGCCUGGCCAGCUGCCAGAUGUUGCCGCAUGGUGAGAACCUGCAGGACGUGCUGCCCCGGGAGCUGUACCGCCGCCUUAAGCGCCACCUGGACUACAUCAAGCUCAUGCUGCCCCACUGGAUGACCCCGGACCAGCGGGGCAAAGGGCUCUAUGCUGACUACCUCUUCAAUGCCAUUGCUGGCAACUGGGAGCGCAAGAGGCCAGUCUGGGUGAUGCUCAUGGUGAAUUCCUUGACAGAGACGGACAUCCGCUCCCGAGGGGUGCCCGUGCUCGAUCUCUACCUCGCGCAGGAGGCUGAGAGGAUGAAGAAGACAACGGGUGCGGUAGAGAGGGUGGAAGAGCAGUGUCACCCACUGAAUGGGCUCAACUUCUCCCAG